CCCCCCGAGUGAAGUCCUCUGUGUUGCUUACCUAUCACGGCUAUUAUUUGACCAAAGAUGAACACAACACAAAUGGCAAUUACUGUGUUCUGAGCCUGAAGACAAUGUGUGGACAACAUGUCCUGUUACGUCCAGUCAACAGUCGCAGAAGUGAGAGAGUUGUAUUGAAUUGAAUUCCAGCUCCAAUCAACUAACUUGCAGCACUGAGGCCACAUAAGUGUUUUCAGGUGCAGAAUGUCACAUGGCUGUGAGCUGUGGGGUCAUUUCAUAACCAACAACAUUAUCAUUAUUAUUAUUAUUAUGCAACCCUUGUUGCAGUAGUUCGACUCUUUGCACUCUGGCCCACUAUCAUGUCUAUUAUUCAGGUAUACGAGAGUACAAGUUUAACAAUAAAUGUCUUUGUUACUGAGCAUUAGCAGUAAAUGCCAGGUCACAUCAAGACCGAAGCCUGUAGUUUGGGUCACUGGACUGAAGAGAGAUCUGAAUCUACUGUAGCAGACACACAGAGAAUCAGACAUUGGUGUAUGGCUGUGUUUUCAGUCGGUAGGCAUCUCACUCUCUCUCUCUCUACCUGACUCGUCAUCCAUAAUGUGGACUCGCCUCCACGCAUCGUGGGCUAUACACUUAUCCAUCCUCCUGGACCUCACUAGAAAUCCAACAUACAUAAACAAGGAAACAAAAAGCGAAAGGUUAUCUGACUCCUUCAUAUAACCACAUCCCACAUCAUCGUCAGUUUUUCGUUCUUUUAACAGAAAAUCUCUGACAGAACCCGGCUCAAAGAUGUGCCUCGACCGGUUGGGGUGAAAGGAAAAAUGGGGGACAGAGGAGAGGUGGGGGAGAGACAGAAGAAAGAUCAUACAGCAAUUGUAUCAAGUUAUACGUUUAGACAGCACAGUUGAGCAUAAUAAUAAUGGUGAUGAUAUGUAGGAUAAUAAUAGCCUUCAAACUGGAUCUGGAUCCUGCAACCUGCAAGAUGAGGACACAGGGAGUGAAGAAAGGAAGGAAAGACACAAACUAGGGAGAGAACGAACAAGGUUAUGUUGUCGGGACCUAAAUCUGUUUACACAGUCACAUUAUGGGGACCUGUCUUUCUUAUGGGGACAAAAAAAAAAAUCAAGUCCCCAUAAUGUAAAUGAUUGCAUUUUAAGGUUUCAUGUACAUGUCUGAAAGUUAGGCUGAGGUCAGGGUUAGGUUUGGGCCAGUAGUAGUUAUGGUGAAGCUUAGAGCAAGUCUACAGGAAAUUAAUGUAAGUCAAUGCAAUGUCCUCUGAAGUCAUGGAAACCAGUGUGUGUGUGUGUGUGGAGAUGGAGAAGAGGGAGGAGGAGGAGGAGGAGGGAGUACUUUUUGAGUAGCGGAGGGUGAAAUUGUUGGAGCACUCUCUCUCUCUCUCUCUCUCUCUCUUGCUCUCUCUCUCCUUCUCUCUCUCUCUCUCUCUCAGGAUGAGCUGGUGCUGAUGCGAGCGCUGCAUCCAGAGUGUGCGGUGGUGCUGAUGGUGGUGAUGGUGCUGAUGCUCCGCUGUGUUCUGGCACAGAGAGACGGGAAGGAAGCAUCAGUUUAAGCCUCGGCUCAGCUCAUGCUCUCCGGACUCGCCCAAACACAGACAGAGCUCAGCCUAGAUAAGUUGAGGAGGAUGUGUGGUCCCGCUGAGAAGAAUCCCGCCGCGCGUUAUUCCUGAGCAUCUCGCUUCCCUCCAUCUCUCUCCCUCUCUCUCUCUCCCCCUCUCUCUCCAUCACUAUCUCUCCCCCUUCCCUCGCUCUCGCUCGCGCCUCUCUGUUCGGUUUUUUUACUUCAACUUGUGUGUCUUGAGAGUGAGUGGCCCAUUUGCACUCAUGCUCGCAGCCGAGGAGGGAUGUAAGGUCCGGGCCAUCCACCGCCCUCACAUUGCGCGGAGCAGCGGCGAGAUUCAGGUCGCCACGUCCGAGAGUCAGUGAAAAACUACUUUGGAGAUGUGAAUGGUCGAGAUUGGCUCCUCGCUGCACCGGCUCGCCUGUCCUAUGCUCUCGACAACGGGAUUUCCAGAGGAAGAAAAUGAUUGUGGCGUAAAGUGUUUGUGGAGACGCCUGUCACAGAAGCGGACAGGGUGGAUGGUUAUUUCCCAGACACUUCAAGCCUAUGUCUACUGCAUUCAUUUGUUGGAAACGCUGCCUAGUGUCUUCGCGAACAGAGGAAUGCUGGUCCAAGAUCUAAUGCCAUUUACUUUAAGUUGUUGGCCUUUUUUCUUCGGUCACUGCCUUCUCUCUCUGUUUUUACUCUCGUGCCAGGGAGAACUCCAGAGGUCAUGCUCGCGGACUGUGGCGGAGAAAGUUAGUGAACAGUGCCAGCUGGCAUGCCACUGUCGAAGAUACCCUCCUCUCCCUCCACCACCGCCUCCGCCGCCGCCUCCACGGCUACUGGGCGCCACAGUGGCAGAGCCCAUGGUGCCCUUGUUGAGGCCCUGGUGGAUGGAGAUGGACUUGAUAGUGCUCGGGACGGUUGGCUGUGCCUCUGUGGUUUUCCUCCUCUCAGCCAUCAUCAUCUGCUACAAGGCCAUCAAGAGGAAACCACUGCGAAAAGAAGAGAACGGUACGAGUCGCGGGGAAUAUGCCAUGAGCAUCCGUAACAAGAAGGCCAUGGGAACAAACAACACUGUGGUAUAGACUUGUUUUCAGGUAGAUGCAGAACGUGACAUCACACAACGGCCAUCUCUCACCUUACCCCAAAUACCUUCUCACACCCAGAAUGCAACGGGGGUUCGUUUCUUUUCAACCCAAGGUAUUCAGGUACCUUCCUUCUUUUGUUUGGCAUGUGGCCGGGGACUAAAGACACCUUUCAGCUCAAGAGGAGCUGUAAAAGACAGAAGGGGGGAGGGAGGGGAGGCUGAAAGGACGGAGAGAAAGAGCUACGUGGCACAGCGGGCUGAACAUUAUGCUCCGAGUAACAGCAAGUGUUGCUGACAGGCUGGUUGGCUGCUGGCUGGAGAGGGACUGUCUGCCAGUCUGCCGCAGAUCCAGAACCUCGCACACUGUUGACAUCUGCAAUGGAGCAACAGACAAUACUGCAGCCCUGCUGUCACAUGGGUGGCCCGACAGGACAGCACCUCACACUCACACACACACACACACACAAACACAUACACUAAAUAAUGUGCAUGCAGUUUUUAAAACAGAGAAUGCAACAAUUUUUUUUAUAUUCCAAUCCUCGCACCGUUCCAUCUUUUUGUUUUUCUCCAUCUCUGACGCCGAUGUCGUGCGAGAGGCAUGACGUUACUGUCGCUCCCUGAUCCGAGAUGUGGAUUCAUCUGACUAUGCAAUUUAAAGAAAUCCAUAUUUAGAAGAAAAAAAAAAAAAAAAGGGAUCAAAAGAGCAACAACUUCUAAUGGGACAUUCUGGUUAUUUUUUACCAUGCCAAAAAUAUCCACUCAAGACUCAUUGUAAUACACGUCAGUCGUCCGUCUAUUUAUUUCUGCUCUACUUUAUUUCCUAAUCUUCUACAUUUGAAUUUUAUUUUUCUACUUAAAACGGAAUAAAACUGUCUCGUAAGUUACUCGCAUCUUGAAGAAUCUUGAACAUCUUGAUGAAUCCAUUGUGUGUUUCUUUCUUUCUUUCUUUCUUCUUUUUUUUUUAAGUGAAUAAUUUAUAAACCAUGUGAAUCAUUUGUGGUGCUCCGCUGCUUUAAGCCUGCUGUCGGUUUUGUCGAGACGCUGAUGCAGAAAACACGUUUUGUCAUCAGUUGUUGUGUCUCUGGGGUGUUUAAUAUGCUCUUCUCUGUUUCCCCGAGACUUCAGCUAAAACGUAAAAACGGGGUUUUAAUGAUGUACUAUGUAAAAAAAAAAUAACUUUGUUUCUGUGCUGCAUCAUAUGCUCGUCCCCCCCCGUCUUUGGUUAGUUAUGUCAAAGCAAGCCCCCUAAAAAACAUGUUAAACCUGCUUUCACACGUCACCUGGUUCAUUUUUUGUCGUUUCUGAGUCUUUGGGGGUGAGUUAGACGCCUUCAGCUGUGUUUUGUGGAUUGGAUUUGACAAUCUUCUCUUUUCUUUUUUCUUUUUCCUCUUCUGUCUGUCAAGAAGGACUAAGCCCAGGGGACAUGAACCCAGUGUUGACCUUGUGUGACGGGUGAGAGACAGGAGACUUAGCCAAUUGCCAGAGAUCAGGUUGCACAGAGGAUGGCCUCAGUAGGGAUGUGUGUGUGUGUGUGUAUGUGUGGGUAUACAUACUUGUAUUUUUUUUUAGUUCUUUAGCACUUUUUCUGGCGUAAACACUGACCUUGUCAGGACCAGUAGUCCUCAUUGAGACCAAAACCUGGUUUGAACACUAAUUUUUGAAGAUUUAUUAAGUUUAGGGUUUAAAUUAGGUUAAAUGUAGGGUUGGAGAUCCUGGAAAAACAGUUAAGGAAUACUUCACCGAUUAGCAUUUAGCUUUGUAUUACGAGAAUAGGGCUAGUAUUUUUGAAAAAUUGUGCUUCCCAAACUCAGUUUCCCCUGAGUCGAGAAAUAUCUUCCUUAUUUUCUUUGUUACGCGCUAAUUCCGUACUUUUUAGACUCAUAGGGGGACGGGACCUCAUUCCCAGAAUGUAAACGACGUCCGCCAUUGUUGCUAACUGCUAAAAGUUACGGUAACAGGACCAAGUGUCACUGGUGGGCACGUAACAAAGAAAAGAAUGAAGAUAUUUCUAAUGUAAACAGCGUCCGCCAUCUUUGCUAACUGCUAACAGUUACGCUAACAGGACCAAGUGUCACUGGUGGGCACGUAACAAAGAAAAGAAUGAAGAUAUUUCUAAUGUAAACAGCGUCCGCCAUCUUUGCUAACUGCUAACAGUUACACUAACAGGACCAAGUGUCACUGGUGGGUACGUAACAAAAGAAAAGAAUGAAGAUAUUUCUAAUGUAAACGGUGUCCGCCAUCUUUGCUAACUGCUAACAGUUACACUAACAGGACCAAGUGUCACUGGUGGGUACGUAACAAAAGAAAAGAAUGAAGAUAUUUCUAAUGUAAACAGUGUCCCCCAUCUUUGCUAACUGCUAACAGUUACACUAACUGGACCAAGUGUCACUGGUGGGUACGUAACAAAAGAAAAGAAUGAAGAUAUUUCUAAUGUAAACAGUGUCCCCCAUCUUUGCUAACUGCUAACAGUUACACUAACAGGACCAAGUGUCACUGGUGGGUACGUAACAAAAGAAAAGAAUGAAGAUAUUUCUAAUGUAAACAGCGUCCGCCAUCUUUGCUAACUGCUAACAGUUACACUAACAGGACCAAGUGUCACUGGUGGGUACGUAACAAAAGAAAAGAAUGAAGAUAUUUCUAAUGUAAACGGUGUCCGCCAUCUUUGCUAACUGCUAACAGUUACACUAACAGGACCAAGUGUCACUGGUGGGUACGUAACAAAAGAAAAGAAUGAAGAUAUUUCUAAUGUAAACAGUGUCCCCCAUCUUUGCUAACUGCUAACAGUUACACUAACUGGACCAAGUGUCACUGGUGGGUACGUAACAAAAGAAAAGAAUGAAGAUAUUUCUAAUGUAAACAGUGUCCCCCAUCUUUGCUAACUGCUAACAGUAACGCUAACAGGACCAAGUGUCACUGGUGGCCACGUAACAAAAGAAAAGAAUGAAGAUAUUCCUCAACUCAGGGGAAACUGAGGUUGGGAAGCACAAUUUUUUCAAAAAUACUACCCCUAUUCUAGUAAUACAAAGCUAAAUGCUAAUCCAACACGUGUUGUUGGCACCUUUUCUGCCGUACCGUUGCUGCAACUGUCUCGUUGGAUUUAGCAAGCUAGCAUAAGCUCAGGCGUUGUAUUCUGAGCAGGAUUAGCAGAGGGGUAGAAGUGGCAGAUGGCAGAUGGCAGUUUGAUUGAUGCGUCACGAGCCAAUUCAUUAAUUCGAGUUGUUCAUUAUGAUUUGGAUGGUGUUUUUACAGGCCUGUCCGCUCCACAGGUGAUUUCAUUUUUUUUUUUUAUUUCUGUGACACUGCAUUAAUUCAUUUGUUACAACCGGGUGUGAAGAGAAUUUUACUGUAAAAAAAAUAAAAAUACUCCAAAACAUAAUCUCUCACCCCACCUUUAAGGUUAGAAUUAGGCAUUAGCUGCAUUGUAGUUCAUUUCAGGGACGUCGCUUUGUUUAGGCUGUCUAAAUGGAAUAGAAUACACUGCAGUGUCCUCAGAAGAAUAGCUGUGUCUGUGUCUGUGUGUGAGUGAGACUCAGCGCUGUCACUGGUAUCCUCCACAUCCCUGGAAAAACACAACUGAGCUGAAAUGGAGCAUCACUCAAUGCUGCUGUGCUUUUUUUUUUUUUUUUU